AUGUUCCCUCUUCAUCUUAGCGACCUGCCAUUACCGCCUACGUACUACAGCGCACUUCAAAGGGCGGGCUACGAGCUAGAGACGGAAUUGCUCUUGACUCCCUUGUCCCAGGUGCAGUCAAAGCUGAAGCACGCCAGCAGCGGAGGUCGUCGAUCCACCGCUGGCGCUCGCGUAGGAUCGAGCUCGAGCUCGGGCAAGCCCUUGUCAGCAAGGCAAAUCGAGAGCAUCGUGAAUGAAGCAGCCCACCACCUCGCCCCAAAAUCAAGGACUUGUGCUGCGGUGCUGCGCUCAGAAGGGCACGAAUGGGAGCACGCAAAUCGAGCUGGGGAAAGUGAACAAGCAAGUUCCGAGGUUGGGACACAAGAGCAGAGCAGGAGCACCGCAGCUAGGCGAGGACUUGAGGGCGACCGCCUGAGCGUGGGAGACGACACGCUGGACGACCUGCUCGGGGGUGGCGUUCGCUGCGGUAUGCUCACCGAAGUGGUGGGCGAAAGGUGAGCAUCUCGUUGGUCCCUUGUAUGCAGCGCAUGAUCCUCGCAAUGCAACCAUGUAAGCGUUGCUGAUCGCUUGUAUGCGCUCCUCAGCUCCUCUGGGAAGACACAGCUGUUGUUGCAGCUUGCUGCGGCCACUGCAUUGGGUCCCCCUGACGAGUCUGGCGAGGCAGACCCUUGGGCCUUGUCGGGCGGAGUUGCGAUCAUGACGCCGAACGGACGAGCUGGGGCGUACGCCAUCGUAAAACGAUUAUCAGAAAUAGGAGACGCUCUGGUGCGACGGAGCCUUCGACGACGUGCAUAUCGCGCCACAAAACGCCGCCGAUAUGACAGUCUGGAUUCGCCUGGCGACUCUCGUGGGUCCAUUUCGAGUAGCAAGGCUCCUGAGACGUCGCAAACACCCGUCGAGCCAACCGACGCGAUGCUUCAGUCAGCUCGACAAAGAAUUCUGGAAAAUGUUCACAUCGCAUGCAUUGGUGACGUUGAUGCUCUCUCGCACGCAGUCCAAUUCACAUUGCCUGGCCUGAUUGAGCGGCUCUCCAAAAGCCCGCCAAAUUCACGAAGGCCUCGACACUUACAAGCACCUCUUAAGCUGAUAAUUAUCGACGACCUUCCAAUUCUCCUCAGCGGCAAUGAUGCUCUGUCCGCCUCAGCAGCCUCUGCAUCGAAAGGCAUGCGCGACAUCGUGACGCGUGCGCGAACUCUGAUAGAGCUCACAGAUCAGUUGAAAAGAGUUGCUCUCCUCGGCACACGAACGCCAUCAUUCCCUCAACGAGCGUUAACGUCGGAUUUCCAUAUUUUUGCACCAGCUGCAGGCAUCGCUGUGGUCGUCUCGAACCACGUCAUGGACGCAUUCGAAAAGGAGCGGGAAAUUGCUUUGAGGUACGUGCAAGCAUGCAUCCAAAACGAAUGCCGGCUGCCGAAUCGUUUCGACAGUUCCAGCGCCUGCGUAGCCCACGAAGCAUCGCAAGCCGGUGAAUCAGGUGGGCUUGUGAGUGUCGCACUUCCUCCUACUGUCUAUGGCAUACAGUCUGCACCUUACUCGGGUCUUCUGGCUACAUCUGGCCGGUUGA